AUGCUGCGCCUCCACCGAUCGGUCACCUAAGAGGAUGAAGAAGAAGGAAAGAACAAGUCUGCCAAAAUAGCGGAAAAAAGGGAAAUACUUCACACGCGCUAUCUCAAAGGGAAAAAAAAAAACACAACCUCAUUUCACCCUUUUUUUUUUAAAACACAUCGUACACUUUGCAUGCACCAAAAUGAGUCGAGUUAACUUUUUUGCCCUGCCCCUCAUCUGCUUCUUGCUGCACGGAUUAGCGGCCCUUGCCAAAAUUGCUAUAGAAAACCCCCCCUUUGUGUUUGGCAACUCUGGCGAAGACAAGCUGAAAAGAGCCUUUCUUAACGUCGACACCCCAUGGGACAACGAUGAUGUGCUGUCCAAGCCGCCAUACUCACUUUACGUAACUCUGGAAAAUUUCCCGAACCCCUUUAUUCACGCCUCCCUGUGCAAUCGAAAUGGGUUGAACUAUUCCUACGUGUGCGACCCGAACAAAAUCCUGUCUCGGAGCACGGCGGACAAGCUCGAAGAAAUUUUGAGCUACCAAAGACGCAAUUCCAGCCACCACUGCGCAGACAGAGGAGAAGUCCCUUACGUAUUAGGCGUUGCGCUGAUUGAGCGCCUGCCCUAUGGAGUCAGCGCCGAGACAUUCUCUUCCCAAAUACUGGAACAUUGGAAAUUGGGAAACCGAAAUUGUAAUGACGGAAUUUUGCUCCUCUUUGUGAAGGACGACGCAACUUUUGUGUUGAAGUGGAGGAAAGGCGCCCAGUCGAUCAUCAACUUCAGAACUGCCACCGCCAUGAACAAGUCCUUCAACAUGUACAUACGAAGGUACUCCCUGGAGUAUUCCAUUUUGAGAGCGGUGACGCUAACCUCACAGUACCUGACGGAGGAAAUAAUCCCGCCGACUCAAACGGCUCAGAUCGUUGUAGCUCUUACGAUUGGGAUUGUAGUGGGUCUGGGCUACCUCGCGUGCAUCCUAAUAGUUUUCUCCGACGCGCAAAAAGGGAACAUAUAAUAUGAAGGGGGCCUUUACCUUGAGAGGGACUAAAGUGCACCUUCUUUUUGUAACCGGUGUGUGCGCAUGCACUUACGUGGCUCCAAUUGUAAAUUUCGCCUUCUUGUUUAUUUUUUCUCUUUUUUUGCGAAGGUUAAAAAAGAUGAAAAAAAAAAAAAUGAGGAACCACCUUUUUUCUCCCCAAACGUGCGGCGUUUGCUUGUUUUGUGUUUGCGCGUACCAAUUGGAUGUCCUAUUUAGCGUAACCGUUCUGUCUUUUUGCCCUUUUAAUUGUUUUUUUUUUGUUUUUUUGGUUUAACUCUUUUACAUAAUUGAGAUUUUUCUCGAGGGCGGAAAAGACAAAGCGCCAAUCGGGGGAUUUCACCUCUGGGUGAAUAAUUUUGUUGGAC